ACUCAAGCGACGCUCGGUAAAUAAACCUUGAUGCAGAAAUAGAAAAUAAUGAUCGUUUGCAAAAUGAAUGUGAAGCGACAGAUUUUAGUUUUUCGAGAGCAGCUUGAAUCAACAUAACGAUAGCUCCAAUCCGUAAGCGCAAACACGCUCGUCGCAAGUUGCUCUUCAUCAACGCAUAUUCAGAAUGAAGAAUCCGUGAAGACGAACAACACCCUGAGUAUUGUAGAUUAGCAUCCUGCAAGAGGUGAAUAAUGUCCACCGCGGCGGCCGUGGUUACGGCGACAGCCGGCGUGACCACGUCUGGCGCUGCAGCAGCCACCUAUCCAACAGGAAAACUGUUUGAGUGAAACUGUACUGAUGAAGACGAAGUUGAUUCAUAGGAAAAACUACUCGUAAUGAUAAUGAAAGCGCAGCUCGAAGUUUUGCAUGGAAUCCAAGAGAGCCCAAAAAAUGCGUGCUCAUGGGGUUCACUUUUGUUAAUAUGGGACAUCGGAGUCUCCAGUAUGGUGAUGAGUAUGUUGAGUAUGACAUUAGGUGAAAAUACAAACAAAAGGAAAAGCUGUGUCUACUGCUACCAUCUACGGUCGUAACUUCAACUGCCCCCGGAAAUUCCUCCGCUCCUCAGUUUUUCGCUUGCAUACGGGAACCUCCUAUUUGCCGAUCAUUCUUGGCAGCUUUUCAAUGCUGAUGUCAGUGGCAUUCCUGUUUCUGUACGCACAGCUGUCGAAGUUACAGGAGCGGCAGCGGGAGCUCGAAGGGGAGCUCGCGCGGGAGCGGAGUUUGCGCGAGGGGUGUACAACUGCCGAGGCUGUACGAGGACUUGCAGCACCAGCGCGUAAAUUUUCCUCGCGCACGAGCUAUCCACCGCAAAUAAUGCGUCUGGGUCGGGAAGAUUCAGAUUGCGUUUGCGAGAUGUGAUGUCAUGCUAGUCCGGAAUGACUCUGACUGUCUGUGAUUGCUGCGGAAAAAAUAUGAUUUUGCCGUUGCCAGCACGACCACGAGGAAGACGUCCUCUUGCCUUCUCCUACUUAUGCAAAAACGCAGUUUCUCUUUGCGGAAUACACGGCAAGGCAAGGCCACGAGAAAGCUUGUCACUCUUGGCGGUGGUGCGAUAUAUUCACUGACAUGUAUCCGUACAGCUUUCCACCUCCAGACCACCCUCCAGACGUAUUUGCAAUGCAUACGAGCCGAACCACUGGGAAGGAAGAGGCGUCGACCUGCACGACCAGCACAGCCGGUUCGCCGCUGGACGCCACACUGUUGCAAGAUGAGGAGCGGUAUCAAAUGCAAAAAUGUCUGGGUCUGGAAACUUGUGAUGCUAAAAUGUGCAUGAUGAAAACACUUCCGAAUGCAGUCCGGCAUGACAACUUCCCACAACGCUUUCUCAUACGCAAUCCGCAUAAGAAGCUGCGUUUUUGCAUGACAAAAGAGGCUGCGACUUUUGUUGGUUAUGCAAUACAGAUUUUCUAGGUAUAGAAAGCUAGCAUUACAAGUUCCAACCUUCCAGACCCAGACAUUUUUACAAUCCAUAAUCGGCGCGAGAAUGAGAAGAAAGGAGUGCUGUCGCCGGGUUUCAGCGCAUCAGCUGGUGAAGAUGUCCGGGACCAGCAGCUUGGAAUGCUCACUUCGAUGAAGAUCCCGACGCCGACCACGGACACACCUACUUCCACCCCUGGGGACGACCACUCGGGAAGCCUUUUGGCCAGGGAUUUGUUGCAGGACAGGGGCUCGGGAGGUGCAAGUGGAAGCGCGCGAACUUACUCGCGGUCGCGGUCCCAUGCUUCGUCGGCGUCGUCUGAACAGGUGGAUGGCGCACUGUCUCACCAAGGACAUGACGUGAAUAGUACUGCUGCAGAUUGUAUCCAUGUGCAAAUAAUGUGGGGCGGGCAGGCUGGAAAAAGAAGGAUCAGGAUGUUCGUCAUGCAGGCUUUGCGCGGCCCAGAAGGUGAAGGUCCGAAAUGCAGCGCUCGGCGUUAGAGGUUCAUUUGCGAGAGCUUUGCAAGGUUGAGUACUCUGCAUGAGAUGAAAUCCUCUUUCGGUGUGCGCAAAAGGAAAAGUGAAUGGCUUUUGCUACUGGAGGUUCAUGACACCUGAUUUUUCUGUGGCCGCUGACGGAGAGCAUUGCAAAGCUGCAUCCUUUUCUUUCCAAAACAACGCCCAGACCACGUGAGCAUUUGCAAUGCAUAGGGCGGGCGGCGCACGACGACCCAAACUUUUCUUCGACGACCCGGAUCGUUCCGCCCAGUCCAAUGGCCGUGUUGAUGGCGCAGGAGGGGAUCGUUUUGCCAAGAAGUGUAGCGCCGGGUAGUAAACAGAAGGGUCAACAAGAACAUGCGGCUCCUUUGAAUUCCGCUUCUACCACUUUCUUCUCCGAAGACCGCACGGGAGCUGGUCGGGAACAGGGAAUUGACGGGGAGAUAAACACGAACGGUCAGUCCUUGCGGUUCCGGAAGUCUGCUUCGAAGUCGUGGUCUUCUUCUUCGACCGGAGACGUUGCGGGUGAUGGAAAAGAUCCUGAUGGAAGAGAUCCUGCGAUCAUUUCUGGACACGACACAGCGGGAAUGGCGGCUGCACGGGCGGUUCGCAGCCAGGAAAAGCAAGGGUACUACUUUCUUAUUUUUUUUUUCAGCGUGGUGGUGGCUAACAGGCCUGUGCAAUAUGCUCUGGGAUCAGGAUUUUCAACGGCAGGAUCUUCGCUUUACUCCGGCUUGUAGUUUGUAAUUUUGACUUGUUCAUCAUCUUGAUGUUCAUUUUUGCCGUUUUCGCGCAGGCCCAGAAUUGAGCAAAAAUGUAAGUGGUACUCACAACCUAUUAAGGUGAAACUGAAAGCAAAGCGCUAAUACAGAAGACAGAAGAGGAAAAAACUGCUAAUCCUAAUCACGGUAUCUGAAUAUACACAAGCAGGUUGUCUACCUCGUCCUUGUCUUCUUCGGGAGACGACUGGGCUUCUUUUCCGGAGACCAUCGAACACAAUUUUUAUCCAAGCGGAAAAAUAAUUCGUAAAAGUGAUAAUUCUGUACAAUCUUCAUUGGACAUUUCUGCUUUUGCUUCGAGUUUGUUCUUGCGGUGUGAUGAACAUCAGGGCAAAAAUGGUCAUGGCAAAGAAAAAUAAACAUGCAACAGCACCAGUGCCAUUUUUCGUGAGACACGUGAGAGCAAGUCAGCUUUUGCUUUUUUUCUGUUGCAUAUGGUGGACGACGAAGGUCAAAUCGCAGAGCUGUUGGACAUCUGCAUCGGGCAGCUCACGUACUCAGAUAGAUUCGACAUUCUUUGAAUUUUGUCAGCUAUUGAAGUCUUACUCUUACGUAGCAGUGUGGUAUCAACAAGGGGUUCUCCCUGAUAUGGUUCUGGACGCUAAGUGAAAAUUAACCGGUUGUGUCAUUAUGAGGUAUCUUGAUUUGUCAUACGCUUACGUCGCUUGAAUUGUGCCCGAAAAAUAGGUCUCUGGUGUCCUCCUCGUCAUCCGCCGAUUCGUCCGCCCUGCACCUGUAUCCAAGAAAGAAAGUGUGUCUAGUGCAUAACCUUUUGCGAUCCAUGUCAGUCCAUGAUACAUAUAUCACCGCUAGAAUUGCUCGUGCUCGUUAGGAAAAUCGGUGAUGUGCGAUAGCACCAGCACUUCCUUCAAGGCACGUAUGAACUCUCUCUGCUCGGGAUGAUAUCUUUGGUCGUGCUCCAACAUGAUUUUUCGGCGUUGGAUAAGAAGUAAAUGUGUUACUCUUGCAUGAAGAUCGCCGUCUGCAAGAACGCAGAUUUAUUUUUACACCAACACAUUUUUUCCUUCCAGAACUUGGAAAAGAUCGGAGUGGCGCUGGAGCGGCUCGACCGCGUGGACCGGGGAAUCAAAGCAGACACCAACGCGCAGACCCGAAUCGCGAAGUACAUUCUGUUCGGCAACAAGUUGCAGUAUGCGGGGCUCAACGCGUUGCAGAAGUGCCAACAGAAUCCGGCCCUACCCGAAGAGGUCCGGCGACAAGCGGACAGGAUCGUGCACAGCGUGGUCCCCGUGAUCUGGUCGUAGGUGGCGGAUGAAAUGGUGAGACUUAGAGCAGAAUUCGCUGCUUCUCGUAUGCAGGGUGGUCUACCUUCCAGACGGUCCACCCAUAAGAAUCGGAGUGAAGAUAUUUCAUUUGAGGCUGAGGAGCUAGAAAAAACUUUUGGUUUUGGACUGCGCUCCACAUAAUGGAACGAAGGAUGAAGUUGCAGAUCGCUCGGUCUUCAGAGACGGUAAUGUACCUGUUCAUGAUGUUAAUGUUAAAACCAAAACUAGAACCACAGCAAGAAAUAAUACAGACGAGUCUGAGGCAGAGGCAGACCUUAAAGUUAAACUUGAUUGCCACUUUUCAGCUUUCGUGAAAAUGGAUGGUCUCAUUGAGAUACAUUCCCUGGUGUUUUCAUUCGGACGAAACGCAACACGAAAAUAAAACUUGUUUUUGUUGUCAUCAACUUGCUUUAGGAUUGCAACGUGUUUUUACCAUAAGAUAACGUAGAGGCGUCAUGUCGAGACCGCUCUGACGGGAUGUCGAAUGCAAGCAUUGUUACGAGAUCGAGGAAAAAGUAUAGGAAUGAAGGGCUUUUACUAGGCAACUAGAGUUUACUUAUUCAGUAGUUUGAUUCUCAACAUUAUGAGACAGCAUCAACUUCAACAUAGUGCUAUAGAUACAACAAAAGUUCACAGCUUGAUUUUUACCACCCCCACGCAAAUAAAGGACAUGUGCUUCAUGAAAGAACCGGAUUCCGCUCAUGCCGUCGUGACAGAUGACAAAGAGAACUAGCACAGGCGUUUGCUCCUGCAUCUCCUCCUGUAUACUUGAUGCGAUCCAUCAGCGCGCAUAGGCAGAGGCAUCUAAAAAACUAUGUAUAGAUGGCGUGCUCCUGAGAAGCAGGCAAGUUAAGG